CAAUACUACCCCAUCACUUUUUGAUGAGUACACCCUUAUCACAACCUGAUUUGAGCCUAAUUCUUUUAACAAUUUUACCGCCUUUUCCCUUUUUAUUGGCUAUAUGUGCACCCGCUUCAUUAUGGUGAGCUAAAAUUCGCUCGAAUCGUUUCGCACGCCUUCAAUCAAUCAAGAUGACUGAUUUCGACUCUGAAGACGACUUGUUCGCCGACGACGAGGCAUUUCAAAAUGCCAUAGAGGGCGACAAGAAGCUUCAGCCCUAUUGCUUCGAGUGCCAAGGCAGACUAACGCACGCUCAGUUAAAUCAAGACUUAAUUUAUGAAAGUGUGCUUCGGCAAGGAGGGAUGAAUCUUGUUUUCAACAACCCUAACUAUCACAAGGGGUUAAUUGAAAAGGCUGGCGUUGAUUUGGUGCUCUUUGGGGGCGCCAAGUUUGAUGCUUCGAGCGCAAUUCUCGAAAAUCUAGAUGAGUUGUUCCAAAUGGCCAGGAAACUUUUUAUCAAGAAUGAGAAGGAUGCCGUGAAACACCUUAUGCACUUAAAUUUGAACAAAGGCAAUUAUUUUGAUUCUCGGCGCAAAAUUAGUUUGAUGUUUGAGUAUUUGACAACCUACAUUCAAAGCCUUCAAACCGAUGAAAAAUUCUCGUGGAUAUUAGAGGAAGGAAAGUCUGGUCUCUUGGAGAAUUUGGAGCUGUGGUUUGUCCUGAUCCAGGGCCUCACAAAAAUUGAACACAAUCUUCUCGCUGUCUGUCCAGACUCUUUAGGCAACAAGUGUCGACUUCCAAUGCACCAUUUGCUGCAUCUUCAUUUGGAGCUGCGGUGGCAAUAUUUGUGUUUGCUUCACGCACUCACUUCGCAAAAGACUGAAAUCAACCGCCUCAUGGAAACUGCGUUAGACCAUAUUUUGUGCGAGUUGAUAAAACUAGCUGAAGGCGUUAAACAGGAAGACUAUGAGUUGACUCGGCCUUUCUUCUGUAACUGCAUGAGGGAGUUUUGGCUCAUGCUCCAGAUUUUCGCCGACAAAUUGCACGCGAAUAACACAAUUUCAAUGCCUUUUUGGAGUCUGCUCCGAGUGAUUGUAAACAGGAUAUUCAGCCCAUCAGAAGAAAACGCAGAAUUGAAUGUCAGUAAAGUCACAAGGCCUGAUCUCUGUUCAAAUUGGCCACAGCCAAAGAGAUACUCGUUUGCCCUGUGGAUCUUUCUCAACGUUUGCCCCCUUUACGGCUACAGCGAGGGAGGAAUUUACACCAGGCGGCAAAGGGGCCAGUUGUCAGACGAUGCCAGCAACUUGCUCUUCCUGAUUUUGAAAAACGUGACUGCUGACGCCAAAGAAACUGACAUGAGGGACCUGCUGAGACUUUUGCUGCAGCUGCCAGUCUGGUGGAACAUUGGAAUGCAGGCCCUGAAUGUGCUGCUUGAUCAUUUCAUCAAGAACAUCAACUCGUGCUUCAUGACCCCAGGCGAAAAUCCAUCUAAUUUAGUAGUCAUUGCAAAAUCAGUUUCUGAGUUCAGUGAACAAAUCAAGCGGCACCAGAACCUCCAAAGCGCAGGCCUUGACAUGCUCAACAGUUUCUGCCUCUUCCUCAAACUUUUGACGAGCCAGAUGAAAAACGCUUGGUGUGAUACAGACAGACCGAGAUUUUACAACCAAAUCAAAAGCAGAAUUUGUACCAAAUUCGCUCCAGGCCGCAUUCUCACCCUGCACGAAAUGGGAUUGUACAACAUGACUGCCCUCUGCCUGACAGUCGGACUUUGCAUGGGACUGGACGAAAUGAGCAACAAACUGCAGACCUUCCUCGCCGCUGCCAAGGCGGACAGUCAGAAGAAGGUGAUCCUCUUGUCGCACAUGACGCUGAUCCAUCUCAAAGUGGAGAAGCACCUGUCAAUUGAGGAGAACAUCCCUCCUGUCACCGCCAUGAUAACCUCAAGCUGCAAGAAUCUGAAUAGGAACAAUCCUGUUUUGAUCGAUGCUGUUGCUGCGUUUGUCGAUUCUCUCAAUGAUGUUGCGGAGGUUUUGGCCAAGAAUGAGGAGUUAGCUGAGCCAGCCUAUUUGUUCCUAGGGGAAUGGUUGCCUGAGUAUUUGUCGAUGUGCAACGCGACAAGAAGCGCCCGAGUGUUGACAGCGAUGCAGGAGAUCUCCUCAAAGCUGCAGUUCUAUGAGGAAAUCAUGUUCACCGUCAAAAAGAAGGAGGCAGUGACUUCAUUUAUCCAGUACCUGAUCCCGUUCCUGAAGGAGGAAAGCAUCAAGAUCAGUCCGAAUUCUUACAACGCGGUCGCCGACAUCGCGUUUGCAGUGUCCGCUGCUGCUGACAAUACAAGUUUCAUGGAGUUGUUUAGACACUUUGCGACAAAUGAAGCGGUUUACGUUGGGAUUGCAACUCGUUAUUGGUCUCAAGUGAUAGCGUCAGAAGAGGUCCUAGAGCGAGUGAGAACUUUAGAGCCGAAAUUCAACGAGAUCGUCCUUCACGAGUGGAUUAGGUGCUGUGUCCUGGACGACAGCAACGGCAUCGACACGGACGCACUUACAAUUCUAAUCUGCAAGCUGCCUGAUUUGAUGAGCUUGUUUGGAACUCUCAAUCUGGCAGACUUGAAGAAGGAAACGUAUCCCCUGCACAAGUUUGGGGAAAUGAUCGCAGUGCAGUACGACUUGCGGCGAGAGAGCAUCGUGCAAAGGUCUGAGUUCAAAUUCAGGGUGCAGCCCUACUUCAAAAAGCUGCCUGCGCUCGUGUCGCAAGUAAUUCAACGCGAUCCCAACUCUAAAAUCAGCACGACCAAAUACCCUCACUCAACAAUAAUCCGGAUGUAUGAGUCAAUAGGCAAUCUUUUUGAAACCUGCUCUCCCAUCAUGAUAAAAGAGAAAGAUGUUAAGUGUCCUCUCUACCUGCUUGCCAACUCAUUGCUCUUAUACGAGGACAUUAGUAAAUUUCCAACAUUUGCCAUCAAUCCAAACAUAAAGGCUGGUUUGGAAGCCUAUCUAGACAAGUUUCUCAUUGGCCUGGGAAAAGUUGUAAAGGAUGGCUACGUGAAUCGAAUCUUCGUCGCCAGCGUUAAGCACUUUGUGCACGCCCUGGACAGCAAAAAGGAUGCAAGAGGCGCACACGCAAUAGAGAGAGCAUUCAGGACAAACAACCCUGAAUUGGUGGAUAAAAUGGCAGAAAUCAUCGGUUCGCAAUUGCUGCGGAUGAGAGGCAAGUUUUUUGAAAACGAACAUGCGACCAACGCGCUCCAUUUGCUGCUGAACGUAUUGAGGCAUGUUACUGAGGAAUCUUCGGUGUUGUCGAUCGUGAGGCGGACGCUGAAGGAGACGCUGCUCAUCCUUAUGCACAUCGACGACUCGAAAAAUAGUGAAAAGUGCCUCGCAUUCGACUACUUCAAAGCAAUCGUGAACAACCCCGCCUUUGAGAACUCUCAUGAUGCUAAGCUGCUCCUUUACGCCAGGCUCGUCGAGCUGUACAAAGAAAAGAUGGCCUUCCAAGAUGUGCAGCUGUUUCAGCUGCUGUACGUGCUGGCCAAGUACAAGAUCGUGCUGAUCAAACCUACUCUGCGCAAACUGGAGGAGCAACUGGUUCUCGUGGAGAAGAGACGGCAGACGACGGCUGACGAGAAACUGAGAAGCCAAUUGGGGAAGCUGAUGAAAAUUUUGGGACCAAUCGAUCAGGACGACUUUCAAUACGAUGACUAAAGAAACUGUGAUUUAAAGUAUUGCGAUUAUUGUGCAAAUUUAUUUAAGUUUAUUAUGUUAUUUUUCGAUAAAUACUUAAAUUUUUAAGAUA